AUGAAGCGAUUAACGGCAAUCACAUGCGUCGUAAUAAUACUGUUGAAAUUAAAGGGUUUCGACUGUACAAACAACGUGACUACGACGUUGAUGUUACCGCCUACCAAAUAUGCGUCGACUUUUUCCAAUUAUUCGUACGGCGGCCUCUCCUCGUCGGAACUGGCCAUGUUGUGCUGCACGGACCCGGUGCUGCCCUUGCCCGAAAACGCUAUACUGUUGCUGGUAAACGCUCUGCCGACGUCACGGUUUCUGCUGUCCUUUCUGCCGCCCCAGACGGUUUGCAACAUUUUGGACGAACUGGCUUGGCGGCCGUCGCUGUUAAACUCCAUCGAACCGCCGAACGUGGUGUGUCUGGUCGACACGCUGUGCGCGUCACCGUCUCUGCUAAAAGUCACGCCCGACCGCACCGUCUACGAGCUGAUAACCGCAAUAUUUCUGUGCCCGAAAAUCGUAGACGCUCUGCCGCCGUCCACGGUCGUCUAUCUCUUGGCCAAGAUCGCGCCAACCGUGUUGUGUCAACUGUCGCCCGCCGUUAAAGCGUCACUGAUCCGUUGCGUGUUAUCGCCAAAAGCAUUUGGCGCGCUCAAACCGGCGGAAAUAUCAGCCGUCGUCGACGCCUUUGCGUCGGCCGAAUGCUCGUUGACCGGAUUGGCGAAUCCCGCCGAUCUGGUUGAACUCCUGAAAACUAUAGCACUGUCGUCGGGACUAGGAAACCGUACCAUAUCCGUCUCGCAAACGGCCGCUUUACUGUGCCGGUUGUCCAAAACGGUCCCUGCCCUGCUCGGCUGCGUCCCACCGAAUGUCGUCGACGCUUUGCUAGGCCCCUUCACCACACCCGCCCAUCGAAUACCAGCCGCGAUCCUCGCCGACUUGGUUUCCGUCUUGACUUGUCCGCCGUUUUCACUGAGCUCGUUGAACCCCGCGACGGUCACUACGCUGCUGACCGCGCUGUCGCAAGCCGACGUGCUGUGCACCGUCCCGUCCGCCGCGCUAGUCCAGCUGUUGACCGAUCUGUCGUCGGCCGUUCUGAUGGAUGCUGUCACCGCGGAAGCGAUCAUCGGCCUACUCUACGGCGUUACAUGCACAUCACCCCAUCUGAUCAGCGAUAUACCUACGUGCGUCCGGUCCGCGUAUGUGACGCGAUUGACCUCGCCCGAGGUGACUGGUACGCUUUCGAUAGAGAACAGCGUCAAGUUGAUCGGUGUACUAUGUAAAACCAAAUUAUUUUUGGCCGAACUACCAGCGAGUUCCGUGGAUAUGACUGUAGCUUUCAUGAUAUCCAACGAGACGCUCUUGAGCGCUACGUCGCCAUCGGACAUUGUCGAUUUCAUUCAUUCCGUAGCCACCUCGAGCGUGUUACUAGAAAUUCCACCCGACAAUAUCAGAAAACUGUUGUCGCUGCUCAAUUCUACGUCCUCGUUGAAGGCGUUGGACUCGAUUCACUUUUCAAAACUGCUAUCGAGUAUCGCGUGUGGCCCGAAACUCGCGUCUGCGUUACCAGGCACUCAGAUCGUAAACAUACUCACCACUCUGAUUUCGGUUCCCGGUGCAUUACAAGCAACAUCCAACUCGGUUUACGUAAACAUACUGACGCAACUAUUUACGACGCCCGACUGCUUGUCUGGAAUCCCAUUAGCGCUGCUUUUGGACUUGUUGAAUCAAAUUGAAAACCAAACUCCAGACGUGUUCUGCGCGAUCCCUCCAUGCGCGAUAGCCGCAUUCGCCGAUUUCCUCGGAAUGGAUGCUGCAGCGUUAGCUUCACUGCCGCCGGUCGAAUUGACGGCUUUGGUGAGCUUGCUGUCCAAAGUCCGUUGCUUAUUGGCUCAGCUGUCCAUAAAAACAUUGAGCAUCUUGUUCGAAGCGAUCGCCGAGUCGUCGUUCGCAAUACCUCUGGAAGAAAAAAUCAAACUUAUCAUCGCCAUACAGUCACUAUCACCAUCUGUGUUCUGUUCACUACCACCCGAGUCUAUCGGUGAGAUAGUCAAAUCGUUAGGUUCGUUCGACGCGCUAGGCAGCCUGAGCACAGAGUGUUUGACUAAAUUGUUAAUCGCCAUCUCGACGUGUCCACGUCUUCUGUGCGUCUUGGAUCAUGCGACGAUACGAGUUCUGUUAGAGUUUCUGUCGACGUCGAAGUUCACGCUAAGUGCUCUGGAACCCAAAAUCAUCGCUGACCUGAUGAUUUCGUUAUUAGCUAAUGAACAGCUUCUAACAUCCGUUCCGGUUAGAUGUUUCGUGCAGUUUUUGCUAGCGUUGCGCACAGUCGUGCCGACCACUUCGUGCUCGAUACCGACCACCACGGCGGUGGCGCUGUUGACAUCGCUGACGUCUCCGGACAUAAUGAUGGACGGGCUGACGUCAACAGACGUGGUGGACCUGGUGGACUUGUUGAAUGCUUACCACGAACUACUCGCCGGGUUGCCGCCGGUGGUGUUUGUCAACCUAUUAACGGCGAUAACGAAUCGGUUCGCCGCCAUUCCGUGCGAAAAAAUCGUCUACCUGUUGGCAUCAGCGAACUCGGCAUCACCGUGUCUCUUGUGCGCGGUACCGGAAGCUAUACUGACUGAUCUGCUGGACACGAUCGGUGUACAGUCUGUGGCCUGUUACCUCCCGCCCGAGUGCCUAGCUGCGUUCAUUGCCACCCUAUCCUCAUCGCAGUGCCUAUUAGACGCUGCACCGGCCGCCAUGCUCGACUCCUUGUUGGGCCUACUGUCAUCGGUGCCUGCGGCCAAGGCCGUGUCGGGCAGCACGCUCGCCGACCUCUGUACAAACCUGGCUUUGACGCCAUCCGCACUGAAACGAAUCGACGUGUCCACCAUCAUUUCGCUUCUGUCCGUGGCUGAACCUGAGUCGGUUCGCAACAUACCCGCUAUGGUCCUAUACACUCUGCUGGCCGCGCUGUCUGACGCGAAAACCGUAUACGAGCUCCGACCAACCGUGGUCGCUUCGUUACUGCGCAUCGCCGCCACGGCACCACAUGUCCUCGACGCAUUGGCAGGUGACAUACUCAACACGAUCGUGAUUAAGGCGUCAUCGUCACUAUACCUGCUCCAGAAUCUGCCACCCGGUCUAUUGCUGUCUUUCUUGGAGGCGAUUGCGUCUUCGCAGUUUGCGAUGGAAACACUCCAACCGAUCAACGUAGCUCAUCUGUUAAUUUCGAUCGCUGAGGCUCAACCCCGUGUCCUACUCGACGUACCUUCGGCCACGGUCUCGGUCCUGCUACUGGGAGUUUUCGGUUCGCAGCAGGCGUUCGCCUCGCUUCCGCCGCCCACGCUCAACAGUCUCCUGGACGUGCUCAUCGCGUUUCCCAACCUAUUCGCCAAUCUUCCGCUGUCCGUUUUAGAGGACCUGCUCCAGUUUUUCACGUCGUCCCCCGCUAUCCUUGGUUCCAUUCUUUCGUGUACGCUGCUCAAGUUCCUGGCUGUUCUGUCCUCGAUGCCUACACUUCUCCAGGCCCUACUACCUGGCACCCUCAUCGCAUUCAUAGAGGCACUGUGUACUGUGUCACCAAAGUUCCUGUGCGCCAUACCGGCCUCAAUCGUCACAGCCCUGUUCGGCGCCAUCACUACCGUGCCCGCACUAGCCACGCUCACGCCAUCGACGGUUGCCUUACUGAUAUCGGUGUUCGACAAGACACCCUGCCUAAUACUCACCCUGCCCACGACACUACUGACGGCUUUCAUCGCAUACCUGUCGACCAACCAACGCCUGUUGAGCGACACUCCAAAAACUACACUGCUCACCUUCAUCCAACACGUCCAAUCUCCCGAAUCCAUUCCCCGAGUCCAAGUCGUCCCAAUCGGACUCGGUCUGCCGUGCAUCGCUACUGAUCGUUUCGACAAUCUCACCGUCAUCAACAAUUACGAUCAUUCGGUGCCGAUUCCGAACGGAAAAACACAUGCGUACGAUAAAGGUGCAGACACGGUGACGGUGUACAAUUUCUCAUCAAACGAUUCCCAAACCCUCUCGGAUGAAAACAAUUCUGAAAAUUCUAAAACCGAUUCAAAAAUAAAAAUAAUUCAUCCGGAAAAUGCAACAGGAACAACUACAGUAUAUGAGUUUCCUAAAAAACAAUCAAUUCCCAACAAAACAUAAAUAAUUUCAACCAAAUAAAAUACU